UACCGCUCCUUGUCACACAUAUGUAUCCUACUAUCCAAUACUUCAUGCGUCUUCAAGCCCAAAUCUCCUAUCGUGUUCUAAGCCCAGACAAGGGGAGUAUUCGUUGGGGGACACUUUAAGCCGUUGGGGUGAAGGAAGGCAUCAUGGAACAUCAGGGCCUAGUAGGAGUCCAACGCGAGAGGGGGUUGAGUCUACUGAGAACUCUAUCUUCUCCGGAUGCUUCCAUGCCUGGGCUCGCACAUCUCGACCGUCCCCGCCGCCCGAUGAUGAGUGCGGGCAUCAUUACCGACUGUGGUCCUCUUUGCUUGUCAGUUAUCCGUUAUGGCACUGCCUCCGAUCACAGUAGGAGCCAUGGAACUGCAACCACAUCCAGGAAGUGUCACCCUAUCCUGAUUCCUUGCCAUGUGAGUUAUCGGUGGAUAAAUGAGUAGAGUCUGUCAAUCCAUGGUGACAAUUGGUGGUCACGCACUAUCCCAUGUUACCCCACGUGCUGGCUGCAGUGGACUCCAGUAAGCCCCCGAUUCAGAGUCCGCUUUCAUGAUUACAAAGAACCAAGGCAACAUUCGCGGGCUCUUUCAGCACAUUGUUGUUAAUCUGCAGGCCCUC